GGGGGCCGAGGGCGGGACCGGAGCCGCUUCUCCCCUCCCUUGCAGCCACCCUCCAGCCUCAGUGGGGAGGGACGAACCGCGCUGCUGAGCCCUACAAAACCCGCCCCGGGCGGGCUGGCCAGGCGAGCUCCACAGCCGGGCUCCCCAGCCCGUGCCACGCAAGGGACGGGUGGCCGGGGAGCCUGCGGGUCCCUGGACGCGCCGGGGCUCCGAGCGGGCGCCCACCAUGCGCCCCGGGGCGGCGCUGAGGCCCCCAGCGCUCCUGCUGGUGUUCCUGGCGGCCGUGCCCGCCGCGGGCAAGGUCUGUGUCUGUAAAGAGAAAGGCCAGUGCUUCUGUGAUGGGAGCAAAGGGGAGAAGGGCGAGAAAGGCUUUCCUGGACCCCAGGGUUAUCCUGGCCAGAAGGGAUUCCCAGGUCCUGAAGGCUUGCCUGGACCACAGGGGCCCAAGGGCACUCCAGGACGCCCAGGACUCACUGGUCCCAAAGGUGUAAGGGGAAUAACUGGAUUACCGGGAUUUUCAGGUCCUCCUGGACUUCCAGGCACCCCAGGCCAUCCUGGACCUUAUGGACUUGCCGGUUUGCCAGGAUGCAAUGGCUCUAAGGGUGAACAAGGGUUUCCAGGCCUCCCAGGCACACCGGGCUACCCAGGGAUCCCGGGUGCUGUUGGUCUGAAAGGAGAAAAGGGUGCUCCUGCUGGAGAAGGUAUAGAACGUGACGGAAAAGGUGACCCCGGAUUGCCAGGAGCACCAGGAUUCCAGGGUUUUCCCGGCCUUCUGGGUUUUCCUGGACCUGUUGGUCCACCUGGCCCUCCAGGAUUCUCUGGCUUUCCAGGAACCAUGGGACCUCCGGGACCUAAGGGUCACAUGGGUGAUAACGUGAUAGGACAAAAAGGAGAGAGGGGUGUGAAAGGAUUAACAGGACCACCUGGACCACCAGGAACAGUUAUCGUGACACUAACGGGCCCGGAGAACAGAACGGACCUCAAGGGGGAGAAGGGAGACGAGGGAGCCGUGGGAAAAUCCGGACCUCCUGGGCCCUCGGGACCACCUGGCGAAUCUUACCAAUCUGAGAAAGGUGCCCCUGGAGAACCUGGCCUGCAGGGAAAACCAGGAAAAGACGGUGCCCCUGGUUUCCCAGGCACUGAGGGAGCCAAAGGCAGCAAGGGCUUCGCUGGGCUCAGGGGUGAAGAUGGCAUUAAGGGGUGGAAAGGGGACACUGGCCCUCCAGGAUUUCGUGGUCCAACAGACUAUUAUGAUGUGUACCAGGAAAAGGGAGAUGAAGGAAUUCCAGGCCCACCAGGGCCCAGAGGAGCUCGUGGCCCACAGGGCCCCAGUGGUCUCCCUGGAUUUCCUGGAAGUCCUGGGUCAUCAAGGCCUGGCCUCAGAGGAGCGCCUGGAUCACCCGGCAUGGAAGGAAGGAAAGGGGAACGAGGACCCCCGGGAAGGAACGUAGCUGGGCCUCCUGGGUCCCCGGGCUGUCCUGGUUCACCAGGCCCUAUAGGGUCACCAGGACAUCCAGGACCGCCAGGUGGCAUCGUUUUUCGCAAAGGUCCACCUGGAGUUGGUGGAUCUCCAGGCCGUGUAGGGUCUCCAGGAAUCCCAGGAGUCGAUGGGACUAAAGGGGAACCAGGCCUUCUGUGCACACAGUGUCCUUGUGUCCCAGGGUCUCCAGGUCUCUCAGGAUUGCCAGGGUUAGAUGGCAGAAAAGGAAUCCCAGGAGGACAAGGGGCAGCUGGCAUUAAAGGAAGCCCAGGGUCCGCAGGAAGUGCAGGUCUUCCAGGAUUUCCGGGAUUCCCCGGUGCUCAGGGUGAUCCAGGACUCAAAGGAGUUAAAGGUGAAGCAUCACAGCCAGAGGGACAAGUGGGUGCCCCAGGGGACCCGGGGCUCAGAGGGAGUCCUGGAAGAAGGGGCUUAGACGGAAUUCCUGGAGCUCCGGGGGCAAAAGGAUUACCAGGACCUAAAGGUGAACCGGCCCUGAGUGGUGAGAAGGGGGACCGGGGUUUCCCAGGGGAUCCUGGCACCCCUGGGCCCCCAGGACCUGCGGGACCAGCUGGACCACCCAACUAUGGACCACAGGGCGAGCCUGGUCCAAAGGGCACCCAAGGAGUUCCUGGAGUCCCUGGACCACCUGGAGAAGCCGGUCCUAAGGGAGAAUUCAGUGUUUCAAUACCAGUCGCAGGGCCCCCAGGACCCCCAGGACCUCCUGGCCGCUCCGGCCCCCAAGGUCCUCCUGGUAUCCCCGGGUCCAGAGGAAGGUGUGGUGAUCCAGGUCAUCCUGGGCCUGAUGGUGAACCAGGAAUUCCAGGAACUGGAUUUCCUGGGCCUCCUGGACCUAAGGGAGACCAGGGUUUCCCAGGAACAGAAGGAGCACCGGGUUGUCCUGGAGAAAUGGGAAAGCCUGGGUUACCUGGACAGCCAGGCCUCCCAGGGGCCAAGGGAGAACCAGGAGUAGCCGUGCACGGAGCCCCAGGAAUGCCAGGUUUUCCGGGAGAAAGAGGCAAUUCUGGGGAAAUUGGAGAAACUGGACUCCCUGGACUUGAAGGUCUCCCUGGAAUUCCAGGAACUGGAGGGCUUGAUGGACCGCUAGGGGAUCCAGGGCAGCCUGGACCACCUGGGGAAAAAGGACCCCCAGGAAGGUGCACAGAGGGUCCCAGGGGAGCCCAAGGACUUCCAGGCUUAAACGGAUUGAAAGGGCAACAAGGCGGAAGAGGCACAGCAGGCCCAAAGGGAGAUCCCGGUAUUCCAGGCUUGGAUAGGUCAGGAUUUCCUGGUGAACCUGGACUACCAGGAAGGCCAGGUCAUCGAGGUGAGAUGGGUCCACCUGGUCAAAAAGGAUAUCCAGGAAACACAGGAUUUUUAGGACCACCAGGUGAAAAAGGAGUGGUUGGAAUGAUGGGCUAUCCUGGAAACAUUGGCCUUCCGGGGCCUCCUGGGAACCCAGGCACCCCAGGGCAGAAGGGUAGUUUUGGAAUUCCAGGAGCAAAAGGCCAGAGAGGACCCCCCGGAGCCAAAGGGGAAGAAGGGGAUAAAGGCACUCCUGGGCCUUCUCAAAUAUCCCAGCUUCUCGGGGACAAAGGGGACCCAGGCCUCAAAGGAUUUCCAGGAAACCCAGGUGAGAAAGGAAACAGAGGUAUUCCUGGGUUACCAGGUUUAAAAGGACUUGAAGGGCCACCUGGACCACCAGGACCACCAGGCCCCAGAGGAGAUCCGGGCAGCACUGGGAAGCCUGGAGAACCAGGGCCACGUGGUGUGCCAGGAAGCAUGGGCCUCAUGGGGGUGCCAGGUUCCAAAGGAGAGAGGGGAACUUUGGGACUCCCAGGUCUAACAGGAAGACCAGGCUUCCCAGGUACUCAUGGUCUCCAAGGAGAAAAGGGAGACCCAGGUUAUUCAGAAGGUACACGGCCAGGACCACCAGGAACAAAGGGAGACCCAGGAUUGCCAGGUGACGUGGGAAGUAAAGGAGAAAGAGGGCCACCUGGUGCACCUGGCCAUCUGGGGCCUGCCGGACCUGAGGGGAUCCCUGGAAAUCCUGGAAGUCCUGGCCAUCCAGGAAAGCCGGGUCCUGGUGGUGAUUUGGGCUUUAAAGGAAUCAGAGGCUUCCCUGGCUCUCCAGGAAGAAAAGGGCCUCCAGGACCUCCAGGAUUCCCAGGGUCUCCGGGACCAAUGGGUAUGAGAGGGAACCAAGGACAUGAUGGAAUUCCUGGUCCAGCAGGAGAAAAGGGGGAAACAGGUUUCCUAGGGGCACUUCCAGGCCCAGAAGGGAGCCCUGGUCCUCAAGGAGCCAAAGGGGACAGGGGAUCCCCAGGCUUGCCCGGCCCCCCCGGCGGGAAAGGCACAGAGGGAGACAUUGGGCCACCGGGAUCCACUGGCAUGGCAGGGCUCCCAGGACCACCCGGUUUCCCUGGCGCAAUCAUCCCUGGCCAAAAAGGAAGUCGAGGUCCACCGGGCUUGAGAGGAAACCCAGGGGAGCCUGGUCCCCCUGGACCUCCAGGGAGUCAUGUAAAAGGCAUAAAAGGAGAUAAAGGAUUUAUGGGCAAGCCUGGCCCAAGUGGUCCACCUGGAACUGUGGGAGACAAGGGGACAUCCGGUCAUCUGGGAGUACCAGGCACCCCAGGUCUGCCAGGGCUCAGAGGUGAUCCUGGAUUCCAUGGAUUUCCAGGCAUAACAGGAGAAAAGGGUAAUCCAGGAUUUCUGGGACCAGUUGGACCUCCCGGGCGAAUUGGACCCAAAGGACGACCUGGUGUACGUGGAGAUCCUGGCACAGUGACAAUCAUCUCCCUUCCAGGAAGCCCAGGGCCACCUGGCCCAGCUGGAGAGCCAGGGAUGCAAGGAGAACGUGGGCUCCCAGGGCCGCCAGGAAGCCCAGGACCCUGUGGGCCAAGAGGUAAACCAGGCAAGGACGGAAAACCAGGAACUCCUGGUCGAAUUGGAGAAAAAGGCAACAAAGGCUGCAAAGGAGAGCAAGGACCACCUGGAUUGGAUGGACGACCAGGUUUGAAGGGGAAACCUGGAGACACUGGACCCCCUGCAACAGGGACAACGAUGAGAGGCUUUAUUUUCGCUCGGCAUAGUCAGACCACAGAGAUUCCUUCCUGUCCUAAAGGGACAGAGCCACUCUAUAGUGGGUUUUCCCUUCUUUUUGUUCAAGGAAAUGAACAAGCCCAUGGACAAGACCUGGGAACUCUUGGCAGCUGCCUGCAGCAGUUUACCACAAUGCCAUUCUUAUUCUGUAACAUCAAUGAUGUAUGCAAUUUCGCAUCUCGAAAUGAUUACUCAUACUGGCUGUCGACACCAGCUCUGAUGCCAAGGGACAUGGCUCCAAUUACUGGCAGGGCCCUGGAGCCAUACAUUAGCAGAUGUACUGUCUGUGACGGUCCCUCGAUUGCCAUAGCCAUCCACAGCCAAACCACUGACAUUCCCUCAUGUCCCCAUGGCUGGAUUUCACUCUGGAGAGGAUUUUCUUUCAUCAUGUUUACAAGUGCAGGUUCUGAGGGCGCUGGGCAAGCGCUGGCAUCACCUGGAUCCUGCUUGGAGGAAUUCCGAGCCAGUCCAUUCAUAGAAUGUCAUGGAAGAGGAACAUGCAACUACUAUUCAAAUUCCUACAGUUUCUGGCUGGCUUCAUUAAACCCCAAAAGAAUGUUCAGAAAACCUAUUCCAUCCACUGUGAAAGCUGGGGAGUUGGAAAAGAUAAUAAGUCGCUGUCAGGUGUGCAUGAAGAGAAGACACUGAAGAAAUAAAAAGAGAGUGGAACUGUUAUUUUUCAGCCUAAAUAACCAAGUAAUGCCACACAACAUGCAUUUAUUUAGGUAUUUUUCUCUGACCAAACAAUAGUGCCCUAUGAUGGCUUAGUACAAAGUUUCUAUUUGAAUCUGCAUACAGCAAAGCAUUUCUUUACAGUUAGUUCUGUGACCUUGUCUCUAAAUCUGUGCUGUUUCAAAGUUUCCCACGGAAAGGCUGCAGACUUUUCACAUUGUUUCCAAUGCACCAUCUAACUGGUGAUUAUAUCAAGUUUGUUGCUACAAAUUAACAUCUAUCUUGGAUUCCCAAUAUUUGCUCCCUUCUAUUGCAAUCUUUGAGACCCAGCGAGGCUAAAGCUCUCUUAGAUUGCCCCACCACCCCAUUCCUGGAACUUUAGAUCCUGGGAAGGGAAGGAGAUGGAGGUUAAGUGGAGGAAUCGUGAAGAAAGCUGGGCUGUCAGACCUGAAUAACCAAAGGCCUAUGGGAAAAGAAUUGGACUAAGAUUCAUGGAUAUUCUCAGGCUUUUUCAAACAUACCCAAGACUAAGGCCAAAAUGGAGUUCCCUGAAUGGUUUUGUUUUAUAUUUUUUUCAAAGAUUUUUUUUUGUUUGUCCAUGAAUUCAUUUCACUGCAGCAUUAUCACCUGUUUGUAUUCAGAGUAGACAAAAUUUUUAGUCUUGGUAAAUUAAUUUUAAUAGGAUAUUUUUUAUACACAUAAUCUGAAAUCUGAUUUCAUUUCUUUUACCAGCACAUCCACACAAAUAACAAGGAUACCACUUAUUAGAUGUGCAAUUCAUCCCCAUCCCCAUAAAUAUUGGUGCAUACCUUAUGUAAUUGAGUAGUUUCAGGAAUCCAUGAAAGAACCUGAGGCAUUUGUUGGCUAAUCAGAAUAUUUUUCCUUUGCUCUAAAUAUUCCAUUUAACCUGAGUAUUUAUAGAUUUACUCUUUGGUUACUUCUCUAAUUAUUCUUUUGUAAAAACAUGUGUUUUAUGUGUUACAUAUCCUUACAAAUCAUAUUGGAAAAGUCUAUUGUGUAAAAAUCUUAAUAUACAAAUUAUAUAGCUUGACAGAUGUAUGUCUUCGAACUCAGUUUCAGCAUGUUGAUACAUUCCCAGGAUGACAUAAUUCAAUUUAACAAGCAUCUUAUUUAGCACUAAGCCAUGCCCCAGGCACUGUACUAAAUUACAGAGAUACUAAGAGGUAAGACGUUAUUUCUGAUUUAAUAUCCCAGAAAAGGUAACUUAUUGUUUCUGUUAGGAAUCCCACAUAUCCGAGUUGCAUUUUCCCCCUUUUCUUUUUUUGUCACUGUUCUUAUAUUUCAACAUCAUAAUUCAGUAGGCCUCAAGAAAGGUUUAAAAAUAAGAUCUAUGCCCAGGGAAAGCCCAGGACUUCUAGAUUCUCUUGGGCAUCACUGAAGCCAAGGGAGGGACAAUGUUAAGAACAAAGAUCUGAUAAACAUUCAAAUCUAUCUAUACUGGAUGGUAGUACUAUUUGAUGAGUCUCAGAGGCCACAUAUCUUCAGACAAAGCUCUGAAGUUGCACCUUCAUCCACCUAAGUGGAGUUGGUGGUGCUGAUAUUUAAAUUCAGGUUCUUGCUUCAAUCUCAGUUGCUUUGUAAGUGAAAAUGUGACCUCAGGGGACAGCGCAGACUGUGACCACCAUUUGAAUCCUUCACUGCUCACAUGACUGCUGUCAAGCCAUUUUAAAAUUUAAACUAAGAAGUGCAUUUUACUUAGAUUAUUUACUUAAACUCAUCUAACACUGACUUUUUUGCUCUAAGAAGAUCCUACUCUCCUAACUGUACUAAAAGGGCAUAAAGAGCCAGCUGAUCUCCACAAACCCUCUGUAAGCCAGUAGUUCUCAAAGUGUGGUCCCUGGACCAGCUGCAGAAGCAGCAUCUGGGAACAUGUUACAAAUGCAAAUUCUAGGGCCUCUGAGGGUGAGGCCCAUAAAUCUGUGUUUUAACAAACCCACCAGCUGCUUUGCAAGGCACUCUGAAAAUUAAGAAAAACUGCUCUAGGCAAACAACCAAGAAACAAUUCUACAGGCAGUUACCAGGUACAGCCGGCUACCACUGCUCCAACAUGCCCCUCUUUAAGGCCCAAAAUCACAAAUGGCCUUAAGAUACCUAAUUUUACUAAUAGGUAAAAGCCCUAGAUUGGUGCUAAUGCCCAAUGACUGGCCUCUGCUUGUUCCUAAGGCUCCAUCUUCUCUUACCCUUUGAUCAGUGUUUAACUUCUGAGGAAGACAAGUUGAUGCUAAAACCUUAAAUUCCAAUGAAGCCAUGUUUACAGUUGCUCAGUCAUCCUUUUUAGACUGAGCAUUAAAACAUAGCUCAUGUGCAUUACUCUCCAGAUACUUAUGAGUAGCUAUAAUAUUAUGAAAAUUUAACUCUGUAAAUGUAAUGUCAAUAACUUGUUUCUUUAAAAUUUGGGGCUUCAACUUUGGAAUUUCACAGCAUGCUAAAAUAAUAGAUUUCUCAGAGGUCUCUUUUUGCAAGAUAAACAUUGUUAGGUAACUUAUUUGUAAAAAUAUAUAAUAAUGCUAAAUUUGAAUAUUAUUGCUAAUUUAACUUAGAAAGAUUUUUCUAUGCAUCAAAUGUAACUUACUGCUACUAAACUUAAUUUAAUGUUUACUCUAUAGCCAAAUGAAAUAUAUUUAAAUAUGUUGAAUAUUUUAUAUCAUUAUAUCCUGACAAAAUUACAAUAUUGUAAUGUACUAAUAUUUCUAUAAUUAUAGCUAAAAUAUUUUAUUGCAUUGUCUAAGAAUAAAAUUGAAGUAAUUAUAUCUGGUAAUUUUUUUUCAGAAGAUAAAUUUUGGGGUGAUUGUAAAAAUACUAUGAGUUCACUGUAAAAACUACAGACAACAGUUAUGAAAAAGAAAAUAAAAAUUGCCAUGAUCUAACCCUUCACUCCCACCCAAGAUGAUUAAACUAUGUACCCUUUAGGACAUUUUUCUUGUAAAUGUAUUUUUUAAUGAACAUGGAAUAAAAAUAUGUUGUUUUUUAA